CGCCCCCGGGUAGGACGGUCCGCGCGUCCCCGCCCGCCGCAAGCCGACUUCCUGCCACUGCCAAAACUACACCUCCCGGCGUCCUCUCCGCUGUGGGGCCGAAAGUGAAAACAAAUUCUGGGCUGCGAGGGUGCUGCCCUCCGCCGGGCGCCCUCACCCGCUCCCCGCCCCUUCGGCGCCCUCCUGUGAGGUGGGGAAAGGAAAGGCCGCGUCUUUUUCUUUCGGCUUCCUCGGCUCCCUGGGUGAGGAGCGCGCGGGGGACGCAGGCCUCGCUUUCCCUGAGCCGGCCCCGCGCACGCGGGGGGCGGGGGUUUCCUCGCCUCACCCCAGUCGGGACGAGGAAACUUGUGGGGGCGGCGACCCUCGGCUGUUUUCCUGAGCCAGGCAGCGACUUCUCACGCUUGGGGUUUCUUUAAUUUGCCCCCAUUGCCGCCGGCGCGUGGUCCCUCGGGAGGCGGCCGCGUGCGCACAGCCAUGCAUUAGGCAGGGCUCCCCUAUGCGCGCGGGGAGCGCCGCCCGCCGCCGCCCGCGGAGCCCGAGCCGCCGCCCGUCCUAGGCCGGGGCGUCGAGGAGCCGGCGGCGCGGCCAUGUGGGGCUAGCCCGCGCCGCGCCUGGCCUGCAGUAGGACCGGCAACAUGGAGGCGGCCGUCGGCGCUUCCGACGGCGUGGACCAGGGCGGCGCGGGGCCCCGCGAGGACGCGACGCCCAUGGACGCCUAUCUGCGGAAACUGGGCUUGUAUCGGAAACUGGUCGCCAAGGACGGGUCGUGCCUGUUCCGGGCCGUGGCGGAGCAGGUAUUGCACUCUCAGUCUCGCCAUGUGGAAGUCAGAAUGGCCUGUAUUCACUAUCUUCGAGAGAACAGAGAGAAAUUUGAAGCGUUUAUAGAAGGGUCAUUUGAAGAGUAUUUAAAACGUUUGGAAAAUCCACAGGAAUGGGUUGGACAAGUGGAAAUAAGUGCCCUUUCUCUUAUGUACAGGAAAGAUUUUAUAAUUUAUCGGGAACCAAAUGUUUCUCCUUCACAAGUAACUGAAAAUAAUUUUCCUGAAAAGGUGUUACUGUGUUUUUCAAAUGGCAAUCAUUAUGAUAUUGUCUAUCCCAUAAAGUAUAAAGAGAACUCUGCAAUGUGUCAAUCUCUCCUUUAUGAAUUGUUGUAUGAGAAGGUGUUUAAAACUGAUGUUAGUAAAAUCUUGAUGGGACUAGACACCUCUGAAGUAGCUGAUGAAAACAACAGUGAAAUAUCAGAUUCAGAGGAUGACAGUUGCAAGAGUAAAACUACCACUGCUAAUGAUGUGAAUGGAGUUAAAGCUUUGUCAAGUGAUCAGCACCCGAAAAACAAUGGGAACUCUCCUAGCCUUCCUUUGUCUAGAAAGGUUCUUAAGUCACUCAAUCCAGCAGUCUAUAGAAAUGUGGAAUAUGAAAUUUGGCUGAAGUCUAAGCAAGCUCAACAAAAACGUGAUUAUUCCAUUGCUGCUGGCCUACAGUAUGAAGUUGGAGAUAAAUGCCAAGUUAGGUUGGAUCACAAUGGAAAAUUUUCUAAUGCAGACUUUCAAGGGGUUCACUCUGAGAAUGGGCCAGUUUUGGUCGAAGAACUUGGAAAGAAACACUCCCCGAAGAACCUCAAACCACCUCCCUCAGAAAGCUGGAACACUGUAUCAGGGAAGAAGAUGAGAAAACCUUCCACUUCUGGACAGAAUUUCCACUCUGACAUGGAUUACAGAGGGCCAAAGAAUCAAAGCAAGCCAAUAAAAGCUCCAUCAGCACUACCUCCUCGACUCCAGCAUCCUUCAGGAGUAAGACAACAUGCAUUCUCCAGUCAUUCUGCAGGGUCACAGUCUCAGAAACCCUCCAGCGAGCACAAAAAUCUUAAUAGGACACCCUCACAGAUCAUAAGAAAACCUGAUCGUGAGAGAGCUGAGGAUUUUGAUCACACGAGUCGAGAAUCUAACUAUUUUGGCCUCUCCCCAGAAGAGCGCAGAGAGAAGCAAGCUAUAGAAGAAUCUCGUUUACUCUAUGAGAUUCAGAACAGAGAUGAACAGGCUUUCCCAGCCCUUUCCAGCUCAUCAGUCAGUCAGUCAGCUUCUCAGAGUAGCAACCCAUGUGUCCAGAGAAAAUCGUCACAUGUAAGUGAUAGAAAAGGAAGCAGGCGGAGAAUGGAUACCGAAGAACGGAAAGAUAAAGACUCUGUCCAUGGACAUAUGCACUUGGAUAAAAAACCUGAGACAAGCACAUUGGAGAAUAUUAGUGAUGAUAAAUGUACAAGAGUUUCAUCACCAUCAAAGUCAAAGAAAUUAGAAUGCCCACCUGCAGAGCAAAAGCCAGCAGAACAUGUGUCUUUGUCAAAUCCAGCUCCCCUUCUAGUUUCUCCAGAGGUACAUCUAACUCCUGCGGUGCCUUCUUUACCAGCCACUGUGCCAGCCUGGCCAAGUGAACCUACAACUUUUGGACCAACAGGUGUCCCUGCUCAAAUUCCUGUUUUGUCAGUGACACAGACUCUGACCACUGGACCUGAUUCUGCUGUAUCCCAAGCUCAUUUAACACCCUCUCCAGUUCCUGUGUCAAUACAGGCAGUUAACCAGCCCUUGAUGCCUUUGCCUCAGACAUUGAGCCUUUACCAGGACCCACUCUACCCUGGGUUUCCUUAUAACGAAAAGGGAGAUCGAGCCAUUGCACCACCUUAUUCACUGUGUCACACUGGGGAGGACCUGCCUAAGGAUAAGAACAUUCUUCGAUUCUUCUUUAAUCUUGGUGUAAAGGCAUAUAGUUGUCCUAUGUGGGCCCCGCAUUCUUACCUGUACCCUCUGCACCAGGCCUACCUGGCAGCCUGCAGGAUGUACCCAAAGGUCUCUGUCCCUGUGUAUCCUCCAAAUCCUUGGUUCCAGGAAGCUCCUUCUACUCAGAAUGAAAGUGAUUGUACCUGUACCGAUGCACACUUUCCAGUGCAGACUGAGGCCAGUGUUAAUGGUCAGAUGCCACAGGCAGAGAUUGGACCGCCAACAUUUUCUUCACCUCUGGUUAUCCCUCCAUCUCAGGUGUCUGAAAGUCACGGACAGUUAUCUUACCAGGCUGAUCUUGAAUCUGAAAACUCUGGGCAGCUUCUUCAUGCUGAAUAUGAAGAGUCACUAAGUGGCAAGAAUAUGUUCCCACAACCGUCCUUUGGGCCUAAUCCAUUCUUAGGCCCAGUUCCCAUUGCACCUCCUUUCUUUCCUCAUGUUUGGUAUGGAUACCCUUUUCAGGGAUUUAUAGAAAAUCCAGUAAUGCGGCAGAAUAUUGUUCUGCCCUCUGAUGAGAAAGAAUUGGAUCUACCCCUGGAAAAUCUGGAUCUGUCUAAAGAAUGUGGUUCAGUUUCAGCAGUGGAUGAGUUUCGGGAGGCUAGAAGUGAAGGUACACAUUCUCUCCCUGAAGCUGGUAUGAGUAAGCAUGAGGGCCGGGCGGAGCAGUCAUCCCAGACACCUAAGACAGAUCUGGCAUCGGCUUCCAUCCCUCCUGUAGCAGAGGAAAAGGCUCAUCUUCCCACUCAGAUUCUAAACCGAGAGAGAGAAACUGUGCCUGUUGAACUUGAGCCUAAAAGGACCAUUCCAAGUCUGAAGGAAAAGUCAGAAAAAGUGAAAGAUCCUAAGAUUGCUGCUGAUGUGGUCAGCGGGGCCAACUCUGUGGCUAGCAGAGUGCAAAGACCAAAAGAAGAGAGUUCAGAAGAUGAAAACGAAGUAUCUAAUAUUCUGAGAAGUGGUAGAUCCAAGCAGUUUUACAACCAGACUUACGGAGGCAGGAAGUACAAAAGUGAUUGGGGCUCUUCUGGUAGAGGAGGGUAUCAGCAUGCACGAGGUGAGGAGUCCUGGAAGGGGCAGCCAAGCAGAAGCCGAGACGAAGGUUAUCAGUACCAUCGGAAUGUCCGAGGACGGCCCUAUCGGGGGGAUAGGAGGAGGUCUGGGAUGGGAGAUGGCCAUCGGGGACAAAACACUUGACAGUCGCUGCUGUGGUAUUUUAGAGCAGAAACCUCUUAGAUGGAAUGUUUCUGAAGGCUUUAACAAAAUCAUUAAAUAAAAAAACCCACAUUGGAACUAUCUCCUCCCCUCCCCUUUACCCUUACUCCCAUCUUGGACAAGAGAUUUUGGAUAUGCGUUCAAGGGGCAGGUAAAUUCCUGGCAUUGCCAUUUUUCUUCGUUCAAAAUCUGUUUAUCAGGUAACUGCCCCCACAAAAAGUAGAAAAUAAGUUUGUUAAAGUAUUUUUUAUAAACAGCUUAAUAUAAAACUUAGACUUAGUGUUUGGUUUUUUUCCUUAUAUAAGUUUAAUUUCAGAUGUUGGAAAUGUGUGCUUUAUAGUGUUUACUAAAGUGACAAGAAAAGUAUACCAUUUGACACACUAUAGAUUCCAAAACAUAACAUUGCACCAAAUAGAAAUGUAUAUUUUAUUAUGCAAUGCCUUAGUCAUAAACUGGGCUCAAAUAAUUCUUAGCCUAAAACACUGUUGUCUUUUGAAAUGCUUCCAACCCAAAGGCCUUUCAUCUCAAUAUCUGUCAAACUUGAAUAAUGUCUUCUCUUUAAUAUUACACAUAAGGCAGCCUAUUAACCUGUGUCUUAGAAAUGUUGUAUAUAGUUCUUUUAAUAUUCAUAGGGUAUAUUUUUGAAUUUUGGUGAGUAUUUGUUGAACUUGAGAUCGCAUACAAGACAGAUGUUUAAGAAAUAAUAGGAUAUCUAAUGAAAUGGCUGUUUCCACCAAGAAUUCCUAGCACUGGUGUAAAUAUCAUGGUGCCUACUUGAAAGAAAUGUAGAUGCUAUGCAUUUUGAAAAUAAUCUGCAUCUGUUAAAACUGCAGAAGUUUUUUAAUGCCACUUUAACACUAAUGCACUGACAGAUUUAAAUAUUUUGUGAGAAGAAAUGUUAAAACAUUUUUAGCUUGACAGGUUUCUAUGGAGUUACUGUGUUUUGUUUCUCUCUUUGCACCGUUAUGUGUAUCACUUUACAUUUGCAUGUUCAAUUUGUCACAUGCCUGGAACUGUUGUACAAAAAAAAGGAUGAUUGUGAUUUCUAGUUCUUUUCUAGAGGAUGCUGCUAGAAAAUGGUUGCUUUGCAUUUUAUAGCUUGUUACCCCUUCUGUAACAUCUCCUGAUUCUGCCUCUUUUCGGUCUUUGCAGUAUUCAUGGAAAUUCACUUUGCAUGUUGCACUCUGUUCUCAGUUGGAGAUUUAACUCUCAACACAGUAUUCAUGGAUCUGUGUUACUCUACAAAAAUAACUGUAGCUUAUGUUUCUUAUUUGUACAUACCAAUGUGAAAAAUCUACUCUUCAUGUUUUCUUUUGAUCAGGAAGUUUGAGUGCUAUGCAAAUAAUGUAGAAGUUUCUCUUUGCAUGCCAUGUGUAAUAUACCUAGCCAAAAACAGAUUUUUUUUAAAUAGCAAAUUACUUUUAAAAGCAAAUACAAUUCACUUGAAUUUGACAAACUGAAGCAGAUGAGUUCUCUGGGUUCUCUGAUUACCCACAGGAAUGUUUGAAUGCCAGCUAGGCUCAGUUGAAUCUCCACUGUACUGUAAUAAUGGUUAUUUACCUCUGUGUUGUUUUAAUGAUCUAAUGUCUGUGUAACUGCUGAUUUGAGUAGUGAUUAGUAUUUAGAUGUUUUGUGACGUAGAAUUUUAGAGAGCACUUUGAAAGAGAACAUUUUAUUGUGAUGGUGCUAGGUAGAAAGUGGUAAAGAUGGAUGGUCUUGUGGAAAAAAAACAUUUGAGACAACUUGUUGAAAGGAAUUUCUGUUGUCAUCUUCUAAGCUAGAACAAUUGGGGCAAGUACUGCCGAAGCCGUUUUUUUCUCACUUAACAGAAAAAGUCAUUAACGGAAAUGAGAUUAUAGGGUCCUCCACUUUGAGCUUAUGAUUUUUUGUAUGUCACAUUAGCUUAUCUGAUCAUUUUUAUGAAAACACAUUUAGAUUAUAAUGACCAGAUUUAAACGUUCAAAGAAGUUUGAUCUCAGGAGUCCAAAAAAUUGCUCUUUCCAGUAUCUUUGAUCUUACUGACUGAGAUUUGAUCGGUUUCUUCUGGAUACAUCUCAGAAUUGGAUAGGAAAGAAUAUUCGUUUUUUCACUGUCCCUGUGUCUUACCUCAGUUGAGUAACAGAAUAUAUAGUUCCUGCAGGAAACACUGAUUUGCUUCCUGUUUCCCAUAUCUUACCUCCAGGACAUGACGGAAACAGUGCUGAAAAAGAACGUUAGCAGAUUGUACUUUACUCCGUGACCUCUGGAAUAAAAGAAUUCUGACGUUUGAUAAUUAGUUUUAAAAUUACUAAUCUUUGCGUGAAGAUCAGUUUUACUUUUUCCUUUAGUUUUGUUUUAAAUGUUUUAGUGCAGGGGAUUUUGCCUUAUGCUGAGGUCAAAUUAGGGCCAAGCAAGCUUUUGUCCUCCUUUAUUUUAACUGAGUCAAAAAGUGUGUUGAUAUGAGAUACGAUGUUCCUGUAUAAGAGAAAAACAGAAGCUAAGGAAUGAGAAUCAUUUGUAUUUUGAGUUAGAAAUUGUGGAACUUCACCGUAUUAUGAUUAUACACAUUUUGAAGAACAGAUGUUUAGAAUGACCAAAGCUCACCUGUUCAUUAUAGUUAGUUUUGCUGAACUUGAUUCCUCUCCCUUUCAUUUUAGUAUCGUGUAUAUUUCUCUUCCACUCGUUUCCUCUCAGAUACGUCUUCAGCUCUUGUUCCACACACUCAGUGGCAGCAGGAUGCUAGCAUCUGUGCAGUCCUUGUCGUGUUUCCUGGUAACCCAUAUGUUCGUUUCCAUGGCUGACCUAAGCUCAGAACCUGCCUUGACCUGGCAGCAGUAGGUCUUCCCAAACCACCAUGCUGACAACAGCUUAUUUGAUGCAAACUAUGUAUAUUCUUGCAGUGUGUUUCCUUUGUGACUCAAGGUUGAAUUAAAAUGCCUGUGAACUGCAAACUUGCUAAUGAUUGACUUGGUGCAAUAAAGUUCCUUUCUGACCAUUUCUGGUUUAGAAAACAUUCAGCCAUCCUAGAAACUAGCAAUAUUUAUUUAUGCCUCAUUUAUUUUACCUUUGGUUUUAGAUGAGGUAACCUUAGUCUUUCACUUAUGGGUACUAAGCAAGGUCCAUUUUAGUGUAGCUGAAGAGAAUGCAUAUUUGGCUACACGAUUUCUGUUUACUGUGUUUUGCUUCCUAUUUAAUGUCUAAAUACUAUUGUUUUUGUUUAAAAUCUUAGUAAUGGCUCAGUUCCAAUAUGUCAUUUUCAAAGAACUAAGGUUUUGCUACUAGUAGUGUCAGCCAUUUACUCUCCCGCUAAUUGGGAUUUCCCACUAAAUGGGAAUUUUUUUUUCCCCCCUGAAAUACAAGUUUUAGAAAAUCUUAGAAGAGGGGUGGGUGCAUGUCUUAAUGCUGGGAAACAGCAACUUUGGGGUUGAAUUUACUUGAAUGGAUUAAAAAUUGCAUUGUUACAGAGCUAGAAGAAAAUUUAUGUAUGAAAAAUGAUAAUAGCCUUACACUGAGUACAAAUAAUACUUAAAAGCAUGUGAAGAUGUGAUCAUUUGUGAUGUUACUUGUAAAAAAAAAAAAGUAUAUAUACAUAUCUUUUGAAGUGUUGAAAGGAAAAUAGUACUUUAUAUUCUUUAUCAUAUCACUUUUUGUAAGUGUUGGAUAUAUUCCUGUUUAUUUUUCUAUGUUCUGUUUUGUAGCCUUAAGAAGUGUUUCAAACAUAUCUGAAUGUAUAAAAUAAGAGUAAAUGCCCUACAUGGUGUGAUGCUGCAUUAUAUAUAAAACUGUGUGCAUAUAUUAAAUUUUGUCUCUUGA